CACUGAGUUUGGUAAUAUUUAACGGGACAGUUUUGGGUGAUAUGGUUGGGCAACAAACACAAGGAAGGACUGCUCACUGUUGACAUGUAUCCAGUGUGUGUGACACUUGCUGCUCAUCCACAGAGACACCAGACUGAGGUCCAUUCAGCAGUGAACAAUGAAUUGACUGUAUCCACUGAUUAAACAUGGACGUCUUUUCUCUGCUGGUGCUCCUGCUGUCAUGCAGGAUUCAAGUUGGAGCUAAGAUGAGUGUGUCGCCCAAAACACUAACCGUCCUGCGAGGAGAGGAGGCUCGGUUUACCUGCAGCACGUCCUGCGACCAUUGGACAGUGAUAGUGUGGUUGCUGAACGGUGAUGCGGUUCUCACCAUCUCCAAAGCUGAAGGCGUCCUAGCCUCUGUCUUCCCUAAUGUGACGGCUGAGGAAAGCCCUAACUCAGAGCGUAGAAGCUGGGUGUUUAUCCUGAAUAACACAGAGAGGCACAACCAGGGAUCAGUGACCUGUGACAUCCAGGGCAUUGAUAGGCGAACAGCAAGCCUGUUUGUACAAGAAAAGGGCAGCGUAAAGGUCUCUGGGAACGACAUGUUGGUGUUUCAGUGGCAGUCGGUCCAGUUUGAAUGCCUAGCAGAAGGAUGGUACCCUCAGCCCACUUUGCAAUGGCAGGUGAAUGACAAAAAGGUGAGCAAGAGUGAAUACAACAUCAGUAGUGAAGAGACUGGGAAAAGCCUCUUCACUGUGACCAGCAACCUCAGCGUGAAGGCAGUGAAGAGCUCUCGUGUGGAUUGUCUGGCCUCUGUGUCUGCUCUCCCCACACCGCUGAAGAGCAGCGUCCGUCUGACAGUGGUUGCAGAGGUGGUGGAAGAAGUUAACUGCACAGUCCCGCUGGCGGUAACUGCUUCCCUCGCUGCUAUUCUGCUGCUCCUCUUGCUCUGCAUCUGCACUGUCCUCUGCUACAGACAAAGGAGACAAGCAAAACCAAGCCCACAAGAGGCAAUAAGGUUCGACCAAUCACUGAGCAGGAGAGACUCAGUUGCUGGGGCGACAGGGGGAAUGGACAACCCGGGGUACUAUAAUGAGGGCUCCACAGAUGCAACUUACAAUGUGUUAAUCACGGAAGCUGGUAGCAAGAUGGACUUUGUCAGCUUUUGCAAGGUCCCUGAUAUUGUGUCCUCCGGCAGCCUGUCUGUGCACCGUGAGAACCAAGCCCAGGUGUAUCAAUCAGAGGAAAACUCCAAGAAUAUCAGGAGAAUUACCACAGUGUGAAUAUUGUUUGUAAUUUUGUUUAUUAUGACGUUGAUAUAACAAAUAAAAUGUCAGUAGUGGUGUACAUGAUCGUACUGUGUAGUAGUUAUAGUCAGGCCACUCACAAAUGUUUAAUGUAAUCUUGAGCUGAAUGUGUCUA